AUGGCGAUGCUUCUGGCAGAGCUGGUGGAGACUGUGGAAGCGCGGACGAGGGACAUUUCCGCCGAGGAGAGGCUGCUGGCCAGAGAAAGGUCCGAUGCCGAGCGUGAGGGUGAGCUGCUUGAUGACGAGCGGUCGCGACUGGAGCGCGAGUGGAAGCGGAUCGAAGAGGAGGAGCGCGCAGUGGCUGAGCGCGAUGCGUCAGUCGCAGGCAUGGUGGCCGAGCGAGGAGCGCUAGCGGCAUCAGAAAAGGCCGCCACCGAGCCGGACUCGGAGGAGCUGGCAGUCAUUCGCGAGCAGAUUGCGGAACUCGACAGUGAGAUUGCCCGCCAGCAGACCAAUCUUGCCACUCUUGUUGCUCGUCUCGACGAGGUCCGCGCUGCGUAUAAGCGCGACCUCGGCAAGCUCGAGCGCGACGAAACGGUGGCCGCCGAAGUUGAAGCCGGCUUUGCAGAGUCUGAGGCCAAGAUUGCUUUUCUCCGCUCGCUCAACGACCGCGACCGUGCCGAGAUCAUGCGUCUGGAGGCGCUGUUGCCCAACUGGCGCGAGGUGCUUGCCGAGUUGCAAGUGAGCAACGCAACGAGCCAGUCGCCGUGGCACAGUCCGGUGCCGCGAGCCUCGCCGGCACGGGCCCCAACGGUGCAAGUUGCACCGGCUGAGGUUGUGCAUGCCACGACUACGCCUGCGCCCGUGCCUGCGCCCGCGCUGACUUCUGAUCCGAGCGCCGCCAUCCUCUCUGCGCAAGAGGUGAUGGCCCGGAUCAAGAACCGGCUGGCGGGUCGAGGCGGGGCGCAAGUCGAUGCCCAUGACGAGAGUGGCCUCGCCGAACUGUCCGCGUUUGGCGGUGAUCGCAACGGGUCGAUGGCAACGAUUUCGACGGUGUCGCGUGCGCCGUCGGCGGGCGUGGACGAGUCGCGGGGCGAUUGGCCGUCGUAUGCGGCGUCGUUCAUGCGCGGUCCGCGGUCGCCGGAACAGGGCUCGUCGCAGGCAAAGCCAGGCUCGCCGCUCCGCUCGCGGCUGAUGGCCGAGCUGGACGAGCUGGAGGCAUCGAUCACCCACGAGGCAUCGCUUCUGGCGGGUGUGUCACGGACAAGCCGGAUGAAGCCUCUGCUCCUGAACCGGCCGCGGCGAUCGCGGCGGGAGAGUGGGACUGGCUCGCCGCCGCGCUCGCCGUCGGCCAUGCGCCGCCGUGGCAGUGCCUCGGGCUCGCCACCGCGCUCGCCGUCGGCCAUGCGCCGCCGUGGCAGUGCCUCGGGCUCGCCACCACGCUCGCCGUCGGGCCGAAUUGUCGAUCGGAGCCGGCUUGUCCGGCGCGAGGUCUUCACGCCGCCGCGGCGUGCCAACCAGAGCGGCAUUGGCGCGCUGGCGUCGCUCAACGUGUCAGAGCGGAGCAAGGUGGUGACAACCGCAGCCGGUGAUGAGAUUCAAACGCUGGUUUCGCCGGGCGCCAAGCGCAAGGGCGCUGGAACUCAGUCACAGCUGUCCUACAUGCCGUCGCCGGGGCGCGGAGCACCGACGGCGUUGGCGUAUGAUGCCCUGCUCGAACCUGCCACGCUCAACGAGCCGAUGUGGCACUCGCCGGUGGCGCGGCCCAACGGGCCGGCGCCGGGCGUGUUGUACUCGAGAACGAAAAAGCAACUGGCGAUGCUUGACGAGCUCGAUGUUGACGCAGUGUACAAGCGGCAGCUGGCGCACGAGCGCGAGCUGCGGGCGGCCCACCGGGCUCAGCUUGCCACCGUGGCGCAGCAGCGAGUUGAUGCAGAUGUGGCGUAUAUUCGCGCGGCAGUGGCGACUGGCGGCGAGGUGCCUGCGAUCAUUGACCGACGGCGAGCGGCACACGCGCGGUCGUUCUCGACUACGCGGGUGGAUGCGUCGUCGCUCGAUCUCGCCUUGUCGCCGGUGGCGAGCGCGAAGCACUCGCGUGCGCUUGGUGUCGGUCGCCCGUGGGACGAGAGUGAGCUUCCUGCGUCGCUGGCGGUGGCCGAGUGGGAGCGCGACCAGAAAGCGCUCAUCGAUGCGGCAACCGCCACUCUAGUGCGGCAGCUGGAGGCCGAGACUGAGACCACAGUCUCGCUUGCCAAGCAUGAGGCGAUUGGCGCCGAGGCGCGUGCGAUGGAGGCCCGGGCCGAAGAGCUCCAGACGUUGGCGGAGCUUUCGCUUGAGAGUCAGCUGGCGUAUGUGGAGGUAGAGGUGGAGCGGGCGGAUGCGCUGCUUCUCGACGUGGCCGGCGACGCGGUGCUACUGCAAGAGCCGUCGACGGCAGCGCGUGUGGCACGAGCGGCGCGGCGGCGGCUGCGGGGUCAUGCUGGGCUGAGCGUGGCGUCGGCCGAAGAUGCGGCCGAGGACGACGAUGACGACGAUGUGACCGACAUCACUGCGCUAGUUGCGGCUGCGCGGCAUCGACUCGAGUCGCGGCGGGCGUGGCUGUGGCGGCGGCGGCUGGUGGUAUUGCUCCAGCUGGGAGCGGCGGCGGCAGAGCGCGAGUACGCGGCCGGUGGGAUGGUGGCGCCUGGCUCGCGGUCUGCGGCGUCGUACCGUGAGCAGGUUGCGGCCGAGCUGGCUGAGGCGCAGGUGAGUCUUGACGCCGAUUUUGCCGAGCUUGCCAGUGACGGGGAAGCAGGGCGGCUGCCGCUGUCGCCGAUGCCGCUUGUGGCGACGGCGACGGGGCGCGUCGUGCCGACGCACAAGGACGAGGCUUCGCUCGAUGCCGGAGUGGCGCCGCCUGUGCCGGCGUGGCGCACGAGCGACGUCGACGAUCACGGUGAUGGUGAUGGCGACGGUGAUCGGGUGCGCAAGCGGGUCCGCAAGCGGAUCCGCAAAAGGCCGCGGCCUGUCCUUGGCCUCAUGCACGACCCCAAGUCGACGGGUGCCGAGUCGAUGGUGGUGCGGUCUCGCGACGACGCGAGCGGCGAGUACGUGCAGACGCUGACCAAGCGCAAGCCGAACGAUCCAGACGGGGUUGUCUGCCUCCGGCUGGGAAAGUCGCGGACGUUGCGGCUGGUGCUGGGCCUGCGCAACCCGUCCGAGGCCGGCCCGCUGCUGAGGAGCCUCGACAAGCUCAGUGUGUCUGUCCCGGGUUCCGGCGAUGUCGAGCUGGAGGUGCUGCAGAAGACGGUGCGGGCCGACGGGACCGAGCUUGUGGCCACCAUUAAGUGGCCGGAGCCGCUGGAUGCCGGGCUCGGGUGGCACAAGCCAUGCGAGGCCGGCGAACGGCGGCCGAUUGAUGUCGACGCGCUGGUCUCACUCAACGACGCGGCACGGAGCCAGGUCCGGGUCUCGAUGUCGCUGGUGUGCAAGUUGUACGGCGCGGCAUCCAAGGUGCAAAAGAGCAAGUCACGGCUCGCCGAGGGACCGAUGAUUGCCUUUGAGCGAGUCAUCCGUGUUGCCCCGCGGGUCGGUGUGUACAUUGUGGACAUGGGCUUUGACGUGGAUGGGGCACUGGUGGUGGCGCGACUCGCAACUCGCGAGAAGCGGCACAAGUAAAGAAGACGCGGAGCUG